AUGUCUACCAUUUCAAGAAUUGAUAUAGAUAAUACAGGAAUUGAUAUAGAUAAUGCAGGAAUUGAUAUAGAUAAUGCAGGAAUUGAUAUAGAUAAUGCAGGAAUUGAUAUAGAUAAUGCAGGGAUUGAUAUGGAUAAUGCAGGAAUUGAUAUAGAUAAUGCAGCAAUUGAUAUGGAUAAUGCAGGAAUUGAUAUAGAUAAUACAGGAAUUGACAUAGAUAAUGCAGGAAUUGAUAGGGAUAAUGCAGGAAUUGAUAUAGAUAAUACAGGAAUUGACAUAGAUAAUGCAGGAAUUGAUAUGGAUAAUGCAGGAAUUGAAAUAGAUAAUGCAGGAAUUGAUAUGGAUAAUGCAGGAAUUGAUAUGGAUAAUGCAGGAAUUGAUAUAGAUAAUACAGGAAUUGAUAUAGAUAAUGCAGCAAUUGAUAUAGAUAAUACAGGAAUUGAUAUGGAUAAUACAGGAAUUGAUAUGGAUAAUGCAGGAAUUGAUAUGGAUAAUGCAGGAAUUGAUAUAGAUAAUGCAGGAAUUGAUACAGAUAAUACAGGAAUUGACAUAGAUAAUGCAGGAAUUGAUAUAGAUAAUGUAGGAAUUGAUAUAGAUAAUACAGGAAUUGACAUAGAUAAUGCAGGAAUUGAUAUGGAUAAUGCAGGAAUUGAUAUGGAUAAUGCAGGAAUUGAUAUAGAUAAUGCAGGAAUUGAUAUGGAUAAUGCAGGAAUUAUAUGCACUACCUGA